GUAGAACAAAUUACCUAAUUGCCGAAAAUUUGCCUAAAUUAUCUAACAAUUAUAUACCGCUUCUGGCAGAUUUUUUAGCAAAAUAUUCAAAUCUAAUUAUAUUUAUGAGAAAAAUUCAAAUGUGCGAAACUGAACAAAAAAAGCGAAGAACUGAUAGUAUUUAUAUUUAUGGUUCAUAUAAACGAUAAAUAAAGUAUUUUCCAGUGUACGAAAUAAAGGUUGUUGGUUUGGAAGCACAAGCCUACAACCACCGAAAUGUUUUGAGAAAUUUGUAAAAAAAAAAAACGUCUUGACAAACAUAACGUAUGGCCUUGAGCACUCAGUCCUGGUAAAAGAUCAUCAGAAAAGAUGGUUGGCCACAUGUGGGUGCUAAAUGGUCCAGCACGUGCAGCUAUCGCUUCUGGGCUCUGGUUCAUAAAGAGCAAGUCCAACCAGAAAGCAUUCACGUAUUUGGUGGCUGGUUCUGCAGCAUUAGGAUAUGGCCUCAGUCGGGUCACUGAGGCAGAGGCGGCACGGGCAUUGCGACCCAUUCAGACAGACAAGUUCAUGGCAAAGCCCAUCACUGACCUGGACAAGAUGCAGCGGGAGCGAGAGGACAUGAAGAUCCGCAUGGAGCUGCUGAUCCUGCGUAUCCAGGCAGAGUUCUGCCACGCCCUUGAGGCUGAGGAGACGAGCGGCGCCAAGUUUCGCGUCGACCGCUGGCGGCGCAAAGAGGGCGGCGGCGGCAUCUCGUGCGUACUGCAGGACGGGCAGGUGUUUGAGAAGGCUGGUGUCAACAUCUCGGUGGUGCAUGGCUCGCUCCCGCCGCCGGCCGUGGCACAGAUGAACGCACGCGGCAAACACCUGCCUGACGGCAUCAAGCUGCCGUUCUUUGCGGCCGGCGUGAGCUCGGUGAUCCACCCGACCAACCCAUACGUGCCCACCAUCCACUUCAACUACCGCUACUUCGAGGUGCAGUCCGAGGACGGCAAGCCGAUGGGCUGGUGGUUCGGCGGCGGCACCGACCUCACGCCGUACUACCUCAAUGAGGAGGACGCCAAGCACUUCCACUCGACCCUGAAACGUGCCUGUGACAAGCACGACCCCGGCUACUAUCGCCGCUUCAAGACCUGGUGUGAUAACUACUUCAUGGUGAAGCAUCGCGGCGAGAGGCGCGGCGUCGGCGGUAUCUUCUUCGACGACGUCGACACGCCCAGCAAGGAGGAGGCGUUCCUGUUCGUGGAGUCGUGCGCCGAGGCGGUGCUGCCCUCCUACCUUCCCAUCCUGCAGAAGCACAAGGACGACGGUUACGGGUACGCCGAACGCCAGUGGCAGCUGCUGCGCCGCGGACGCUACGUCGAGUUCAACCUCAUCUACGACCGCGGCACCAAGUUCGGCCUCUUCACGCCCGGAGCGCGCUACGAGAGCAUCCUGAUGUCGCUGCCGCUGACGGCCCGCUGGGAGUACAUGCACGCGCCCAAGCCCGGCUCUCCCGAGGAGCGUCUCACCGAGGUGCUGAAGAACCCGCGGGACUGGGUGUAGCUCGAGACGGAGGGUUCACGGCCGUGCUGAGUGGCCGCAGGACGUGUUCAGCCAGCGCCGCGCGCUGGGAUCGGCUGACCGGUGCAGCGAUGCCAUAGUGGCGCCCGUGCCCCGUGGUGCUGCCUAUAACCGCUCCAGUUACCGCGCCUGAGCUUGUUAUCGAAUAUGCCUUGCGGUGCGGCCGCUGGGGGACGAUCGCGUGGUUCCAGGUCCUUGCGAGCCGUGCGAGUGUGCAGCUCGGCCCGCUCGUGGUAUGGCUGACUUGCGGUACUCUGUACGCUGGUACUUCUCGGCAGUCGGCCAAUUAUACCCAUCAGUGGUCCGCUGCGUGCUGCCGAGAGUCGGGCUAAGGUGAGGUAUGUCUAUAAUUUUCUACUAUACUAUGGGUGAGAGUACUUGAGGGAUUCAUGUUGGGGUAGAUGAUUUCCUGCUCCUCAACAUUUCUUACCUCACUUUGCUUCUUUUUUGACAUUGGUUGUAUAUGGGGUGGGCAGCAAGGCUGCUUUCGUGACUUGUGAGCUGUGAACAGUGAGGGCUGAGGUAUUAUUGCACCGUGCAUGUGUUAUCAGCUGCUGUUGGUAAACGUUUGAUGCGUAAUUAUUGAUAAUGCCCUCCAGUUUGAUGUUCGCCACACCGAUGACCGUGAUUCAAUAUGAUGUCCCUAAUUAAGUGCGACCUGUACGUGCUAUACAUUGCGCCGUUUAUACAGA